GACAGUCCACACUUCAACAUCCACCCCACGAUUCUCCUGCUACAAAACCCCCCCAAACGCGCCAGCAUCGCCCUUUAGACGCACUCACCUAAUACACUAUCACUCAAAUACCACGAAUUGGAUUCUCAGCGCACGUUAAAUAACGACUGCCCCUAAUCCCAACGCCUUUGCCACGAACAACGUGGCCACGACAACCAGCACCCAACGCAGCUCGCGUGCACAACCACAACCAUGAUUAAGUCGACACAAAUAUCACGCCUUGAUGGCCUCAUGCUCUGUGCCUCCGCCGACGACGAGACGUCCUCUCUCGGCGAAGUCAAGCAGCAAGUCCGCCAAGUCCUCCGCAAGCUGACGCGCAACGCCGAGGCCCAAGCCUCCAUCGAAAGCACAAACUACACGAUACACUACAUGAUCGAGUCCGACAUUGUCUUCCUGUGCAUCUGUGAGCGCUCGUUCCCGCGCAAACUGGCAUUUACAUACCUGGCCGACCUGUCGGGCGAGUUCACAACCACACACACUGCCCAGCAGAUUCACAACCCCAGUCUGCGCCCAUACGCCUUUAUGGAGUUUGACAACUUCAUCACCAAGACAAAGGCUACAUAUGCCGAUGCCCGCGCCGCGCAGAACCUCGACAAGCUCAACGACGAGCUCCGCGACGUCACAAAGGUCAUGACCAAGAACAUUGAAGACUUGCUCUACCGUGGCGACAGCCUGGAGCGCAUGGGCGAGAUUAGCAGCAGACUCCGUGACGACAGCAAAAAGUACCGCCGUGCUGCUGUGCGAAUCAACUGGGAGCUCCUGCUGAAGCAAUACGGUCCGUUUGCAGCUCUUGGGUUUAUUAUCCUGGUGUUUAUCUACUGGCGAUUCUUUUGAGUGAUGUAAUGUGGGGUGAAUCUGAGUUGGUGUAGUAGAAGGUGGGAACGGAAGCGAGUGAAUGCGGCGAGGACGAUAAAAAUUAGAAAG